AUGUCAGGAGGAGUAGACUCCAGUGUUUCAGCAUACCUUUUGCAAAGGCAGGGUUUUAUUGUCGAAGGUGUUUACAUGCGCAAUUGGGAUAUAGCCGAUGAAGAGGGUGAAUGUACGAGUGAUCAGGAUUGGCAAGACGUACGGAUGGUCUGUGAUCAGUUAAAAAUACCAUGUAGGCAGGUCGAUUUUACAAAAGAAUAUUGGGUGCAUGUAUUCGUAAAGAUGAUAGAAGAUUAUGAAAGUGGAAUAACGCCGAACCCUGAUAUUACAUGUAACCGUAAAAUCAAGUUCGGAUGGUUUUUGGACAGAUGUCUUAACUCGAUUCCUGAACGAGACAAAAGUUCAACAUGGGUUGCGACAGGUCAUUACGUUCAAAACGAAAUAACUGAUUCAGGAAGAAUAAAAUUGUUAAGAGGUGCGGAUUCUAAUAAAGAUCAAAGUUAUUUCCUGUCAACUGUUCCAGAAGAAAAAUUCAGAAAUGUAAUAUUUCCGGUGGGGCAUCUGCUGAAAAAAGAAGUUAGAGAAAUAGCAUUAAAGGCAGAUCUUAUUGUUGCAUGCAAAAAAGAAAGCAUGGGAAUUUGUUUUGUGGGAAAAAAGAAGACUUUUUCAAAGUUUUUGGAACAAUAUAUUGUAAGUAAGCCUGGUGAUGUCAAAACUCUUGAUGGUGUAGUUAUUGUGAAAGAUUUUGGUAAUUUAGGUCAGCACAAUGGUCAAUUUGCAUAUACAAUUGGACAACGUGCCAGAAUUAAUGACAAAUAUAAGUGGUUUGUGCAUAGGCGUGAUAGCAAGGAAAACACUUUGAUCGCAGUCCCUGGAUCGGAUCACCCAGCAUUCUUCUCAAAAGGACUCAUCGCCAAGGAUUGGAUAUGGAGUUGGAAUGAACCUCCCGAAGGAAUUAGAGAAGGUGUUGAACUGUUGGGUCAAGUUAGAUAUCGACAAUACCCAGGCAUGUUAUUUAGAUUUGAAAUUUUUCUAAAUAUUAAUAAUUCGUGUAGACCAGACGAUAGCUACAUCGUCGAAUUUCAAGAGCCACAAUGGGCAAUAGCACCCGGACAGUACGUUGUUGUCUGGAAAGGUGAUUGGUGCCUUGGUGCCGGAGUUAUACAUGAUACAAUUGAUUGA